CUUGAAAUCGACUAAAUAUAUCGAAAUCACGUGACAAAUCAGCAGCAUUUAUUCAUUCUACUAACCUUAGUUGGUUCCAAAUCCUUCACUAUUCGAAAUUGUAUUUAUUAAUUUGUAUUUUUCACAUCUGCAUCUGUGACCUCUGUGCGUUCUUCAUCAAUCCUCGGUUUCAUCCACAAUCCACAAUUCUCUUGGUGAUCUCUGAUCCGAAUUCUUCUGUUAAUCUCCGUCAGAUAUCCGAAUUUUCAUCACCAGAAUCCAUCUUCCGAUCUUCUUCCCUCUCUCAAGCGAUAAUGUGGAAACUGAAGAUCGCGGAAGGAGGUAGUCCAUGGCUUAGAACCACUAACAAUCACGUCGGAAGACAGUUUUGGGAGUUCGAUCCGAAUCUCGGUACUCCUGAGGAUCUCGCCGCCGUCGAGGAAGCUAGGAAGUCUUUUUCAGAUAACCGAUUCGUGCAGAAACAUAGCUCCGAUCUGCUUAUGCGCCUUCAGUUUUCAAGAGAAAAUUUGAUUAGCCCAGUUUUACCUCAAGUCAAAAUCGGAGAUACUGAUGAUGUUACAGAGGAGAUGGUGGAAAACACGUUAAAGAGGGGUGUCGAUUUCUAUUCAACAAUACAGGCGCACGACGGGCACUGGCCUGGUGAUUAUGGUGGUCCUAUGUUUCUUCUCCCAGGACUGAUAAUUACACUCUCCAUAACUGGAGCACUGAAUACAGUAUUGUCGGAACAACAUAAACAAGAAAUGCGCCGUUAUCUCUUUAAUCACCAGAAUGAGGACGGAGGUUGGGGUUUACAUAUUGAGGGCCCUAGCACCAUGUUUGGGUCUGUGUUGAACUAUGUUACUCUAAGGUUGCUUGGAGAAGGACCUAACGAUGGAGAUGGAGCUAUGGAGAAAGGGCGAGACUGGAUACUAAAUCAUGGUGGUGCUACCAAUAUCACAUCUUGGGGGAAAAUGUGGCUAUCGGUACUUGGAGCUUUUGAAUGGUCUGGAAAUAACCCACUGCCACCUGAGAUAUGGCUUCUUCCAUAUUUCCUACCAAUACAUCCAGGAAGGAUGUGGUGCCAUUGUCGGAUGGUAUACUUGCCGAUGUCGUAUUUGUAUGGAAAAAGGUUUGUGGGGCCCAUAACGUCCACUGUUUUAUCUCUGAGAAAAGAGCUUUUCACUGUACCAUAUCAUGAAGUCAACUGGAAUGAAGCACGCAACCUUUGCGCAAAGGAGGAUUUAUACUACCCACACCCACUUGUGCAAGAUAUUCUUUGGGCAUCACUUCAUAAGAUUGUUGAGCCUGUUCUGAUGCGAUGGCCUGGUGCAAAUUUGAGAGAAAAGGCUAUAAGAACCGCAAUAGAACAUAUUCAUUAUGAAGAUGAGAAUACUAGGUACAUCUGCAUAGGUCCCGUGAACAAGGUAUUAAAUAUGCUUUGCUGUUGGGUAGAGGAUCCAAACUCAGAGGCUUUCAAGUUGCACCUACCAAGAAUCCAUGACUUUCUCUGGUUAGCUGAAGAUGGAAUGAAGAUGCAGGGUUAUAACGGAAGCCAGCUAUGGGAUACAGGUUUUGCUAUUCAAGCGAUUUUGGCAACUAACCUUGUCGAAGGAUAUGGGCCCGUUUUGAAAAAAGCACAUUCAUUUGUCAAGAAUUCCCAGGUGUUAGAAGACUGCCCUGGAGAUCUGAAUUACUGGUACCGCCACAUUUCUAAAGGGGCUUGGCCUUUCUCAACUGCAGAUCACGGUUGGCCCAUCUCCGACUGCACUGCAGAAGGACUGAAAGCUGCUCUUUUGCUAUCCAAAGUUCCCAAAGAGAUUGUUGGUGAACCAAUAGAUGCAAAACGGUUAUAUGAUGCUGUUAAUGUUAUCAUUUCGUUACAGAAUGCAGAUGGAGGCCUUGCAACAUAUGAGCUCACCAGGUCAUACCCUUGGUUGGAGCUAAUCAACCCAGCAGAAACCUUUGGCGAUAUUGUUAUUGAUUAUCCUUACGUGGAAUGUACAUCAGCUGCUAUCCAAGCUUUGAUAUCAUUCCGAAAGCUGUAUCCUGGUCAUCGAAAGAAGGAAGUAGAUGAGUGCAUUGAGAAGGCGGUUAAGUUCAUUGAAUCUAUUCAAGCAGCAGAUGGCUCAUGGUAUGGAUCAUGGGCUGUUUGCUUCACAUAUGGUACGUGGUUUGGAGUGAAAGGGCUGGUAGCUGUUGGAAAAACAUUGAAAAACUCUUCACAUGUUGCCAAAGCUUGCGAAUUUCUAUUGUCGAAACAACAACCUUCGGGCGGAUGGGGAGAAAGCUAUCUUUCAUGUCAAGACAAGGUCUAUUCAAACCUUGAAGGCAACAGGUCUCAUGUCGUGAAUACAGCAUGGGCUAUGCUCGCACUCAUUGGUGCUGGGCAAGCUGAGGUAGAUCAAAAACCACUAGACCGGGCUGCAAGAUACUUGAUUAAUGCUCAGAUGGAGAAUGGUGAUUUUCCACAACAGGAAAUAAUGGGAGUCUUCAAUAGGAACUGCAUGAUAACAUACGCUGCGUAUCGAAACAUUUUUCCGAUAUGGGCAUUGGGGGAGUACCGUUGCCAGAAUUUGAACAGAGAUUAUCACUCAAAAGUAGACAAGACCAGCGAAAAGAAAAUGGCGGGAAGGUCGGUGGGGCCAGCCGAGGUGGUCAAUGAGAGGGCUGAACAAUACCAAGGGAAAGUCACCGGCUUUGUCAUUGUCACUUGCUUUGUUGCAGCUAUUGGUGGAUGCAUCUUUGGAUAUGACAUUGGGGUCUCAGGAGGUGUCACGUCGAUGGAUGAAUUCCUUAGAGAGUUUUUCCACGAUGUGUAUGAGAAAAAGAGUCAUGCUCAUGAAAAUAACUACUGCAAAUUCAACAAUCAAGGACUGGCGGCGUUUAACUCGUUACUGUACAUGGCUGGUUUAGUUGCAACUCUGAUAGCCUCACCGGUUACUAGGAACUAUGGACGACUUGCAAGCAUUAUAUGUGCGGGGAUCUUUUAUAUGAUUGGAGCUGCUGUAAAUGCUGGAUCUAUAAACCUUCCGAUGCUUUUUCUAGGACGGAUCAUGAUCGGUUUUGGCGUUGGCUUUGAAAAUCAGGCAGUUCCUGUGUACUUAUCAGAGGUGGCACCAGCCAAUUUAAGAGGUGGUCUAAACAGUAUGUUUCAGUUGGCAACAACUCUUGGGAUAUUUUCAGCCAACAUGGUCAGUUACGCCACGCAAACUCUCAAGCCUUGGGGCUGGAGACUCUCUCUUGGUUCGGCUGCUUUUCCGGCUCUUCUCAUGACCCUUGGCGGUUAUUUCCUUCCUGAGACUCCCACCAGUUUGAUCGAAAGAGGAUUAGCGGAGAGAGGCCGGCAAGUCCUGGAGAAACUAAGAGGAACAAGAGACGUCAACACUGAGUUUCAAGACAUGGUAGAUGCAAGCGAGUUGUCAAAUUCUAUCAGACAUCCUUUCAAGGAAAUUCUACAUAAACGCCACAGGCCUCAGCUUGUUAUGGCGAUUCUCUUGCCAACGUUUCAGAUCCUCACUGGCGUUAACUGCGUUCUCUUCUACGCGCCUGUUUUGUUUAUUACUAUGGGAUUUGGAGGAAAUGCUUUACUCUACUCAUCAGUCCUUGUAGGAGCUGUCCUUGUUCUCUCAACUUUGAUUUCCAUUGCAUUAGUGGACCGAUUAGGACGACGAGCUUUGCUCAUUAGUGGCGGAUUACAAAUGAUCAUUUGUCAGGUCAUAGUCUCAGUGAUCUUGGGAUUGAAAUUUGGAGACAACAAAGAGCUAUCAAAAGGAUACUCAAUCCUCUUGGUCAUCUUUGUUUGCCUCUUUAUUCUAGGCUAUGGAUGGUCAUGGGGACCGCUUGGCUACACCAUACCGAGCGAAAUAUUUCCCUUGGAGACCCGUUCCGCGGGACAGAGUAUCACCGUUGCGGUUAAUCUCCUUAUGUCCUUCAUCAUUGCCCAAACUUUCCUAUAUCUCCUAUGUGCUCUCAAGUUUGGAAUUUUCCUUCUCUUUGCUGCUUCGGUUUCCGUGAUGACCAUCUUUGUUUACUUCCUCUUACCUGAGACCAAAGGAGUGCCAAUUGAAGAGAUGACACUCAUAUGGAGGAAACAUUGGUUUUGGAAAAAAAUAUUACCUACAGAUAACCAGUAAGGAAUACCAUCAAAUGUAUAAUUAAAAACCUUCAAAUGCAUUAGCGUUUCUGUUGCAUUCUAGUGUGAAUACAAUAUGCAUUAGUGC